AUUACCAACGGCAAGUGGUACACCCUGUCCGGCGGCGCCGAAAGGUUUGUCGUCUGCCCGGCGCACUUUGCGGGCUACUUCCAGGCAUGGGGAAGGGUUAAGUUUCUCGAGUUUAUGGGGGCUUUGGGAAAUGAGGAGCCAUGCCUAUGCAGUCUUAACCCAAGCGCUGGUUGCUAUCGCCAGUUCAUGCAAAAGCUCCACGAAGCUGGACAGGUAGGUGUCUGGUCGCGAUAUGCGGAUAAUGUGCGCAGGUAUGCUGCGAUUCCACAGUGCGCGAGGGAAGAACAGGUGACGAACCGUCGAUGGUACGGCUGGCUUGACUGUCUUAUACGCCAUGACUGCGUGGAAGCAAUCACAGAGAGAGACGAAGACCGGAGCCAAGGAGCCGGAGAGAAUUCGAACGCAGCAUUGAUAGAGGGCAUCAUAAAGAAAAUGGUGGUGCACAAUGAGCUCAUCCAAGAAAGUUGGAUGUGCUGUAUGUACUCCCCCUGGAUGCGCCAGAAGUUCCUCGAAGCCGCCAUCAAGAACGACCCAACCUCGCUCUUGGCCGUCUCCCACCAGCGCCAUGCGGUCUAUGCCAACACGGUGCCGCAUAUCAAGCUGCUGCGGGUUCAACAGGAGGCGCAGAUGAUGAGCGCUGUUACGGCGGGCAUGUGCUCACUGAUAUACCAGGGUGCUGAUGGCAUCCAGAGCCUGGCGGGUUUCAAUGACAGGAACCUGCACGGGAACAGUCAGGCUGGGUGGUACGACACGAAAAACGGGGCUAUGGGGGGGGGGGGGGGGGGGGGGCAGAUGCGUAACGAGAUGAAUGAUGGACUUGCUGCUGUGAGGGACGCGGGUCCGUGGAUGAUGAUUUUUCAUCUGACGGCCGAGUGGGAGCGGUGGGAGUAG